AUGGCCACUGGCACAUACGUAGACGUUUAUUCAACAGAGGACGAAUUGCGGUCGAACAUCAGCCAUAGUUCUCUAGUAUGCACGACGUGUUCAAAGACGUUCGCCAACGCUCCAGCGCUGCAUCUGCACCAAGUGAAAACACACAAGUUGCUGAACGGUUCGGACAGUGACGAGCGACUGCUACGCAGGAUUCGUCGUUCCGAUGUCGACAAACCCGUUGGCAAUGGCACUGACACACAAGUGCGCUAUUUUUGUCCGCGGUCCGACUGUAAGUACUCGGCACCGAAAGGAGGUGGCCGUAACCUUAGCGUCAGAUCCCGAGGUGACAACGGCGAUCGUAGUUGGUUUCUGUCGUAUCGCGUACUGAAGCAGCAUUACCAGCGCGUGCACAUGGCCAAGCGUUUCACUUGCUCGAAAUGUCAUUACCAGCGAUUCAGUCUGCUUCGUGACAAAACAUACCAUGAAAAGCACUGCGACCCUUCCCGCCUGCAGGCCGUGCACUGUAACACGUCCGCUCCUCUCGCUUCCGGUCGCCCUGAGUCUGUAGCGGCAUCGGCCGCCUCAAAACCUGUAUGUUGCAUAGCAGUCGCCGUGACCACAAGCUGCCCUGCGACGACGAUAAAUAACCUCGGAACUAAGUAA